AUGUAUGGUGAAUUAGAAGAAUCUGAAUAUGAUCGACCUGGAGAAAUUGAUGAUGAUAUAAAAAUCAUGGUUCGAUUGAUGACAAUCCGUGAAAAAAUAGGUCAAAUGACACAACUUAAUCAAGAUUUGAUUUUAACCAAAGAUGGUGAAUUGAAUACGACAGCUGUGGAAUAUUAUGCUAAAAAUUAUCAUGUAGGAAGUUAUUUAAAUCAACUCAGCAGCAACGGUGUCAAUUACAAUCAUACGGCAUAUGCUAGUAUUCUUAAUAACAUACAACAAAUUUCUCUUUCUGUGUCUAACGAUACUUUCAAAAUCCCAAUCAUAUAUGGACUAGAUCAUAUACACGGUGCUCAUUAUAUUGCAAACUCCACUCUAUUCCCACAAGGUAUCAACAUGGCAGCAACUUUCAAUCCCCAACUGGUUUACGAAGCUGCCUCUAUUACUGCAAUGGAAACAAGAGCUGCUGGUGUUCACUGGACAUUUGCCCCUGUACUGGAUAUACCAAUGAAUAAGCAAUGGCCUAGGGUAUUUGAAAAUUUUGGUGAAGAUCCUUAUCUAUCUUCUGUAUUGGGAAAGGCAGCUAUCCAUGGCUAUCAAGGAAAAUACAAAACUGACAGAUCAAAAGUAGCCGCCUGUAUGAAGCAUUUUAUUGCCUAUGGUGAUCCAUGGAGUGGUCAAGAUCGUGAUUCUACUGUGAUAUCAGACCGUACUAUCUAUGACUAUCUUGUUCCCAAUUUUCAAACAGCAAUAGAUAGUGGUGUCGCAACAGCGAUGGAAGCAUAUAUCGAUAUCAAUGGUGAACCAGUGGUUGCGUCUUCAAAAUAUCUACAACAAUUACUACGGGAUGAAAUGAAAUUUAAAGGAAUGCUGGUGACUGAUUGGGCAGAAAUUCAACAUCUUUAUACAACUCAUAAAGUAGCUUCAAGUCACAAAGAAGCUGUACGACUGGCAAUUCAUUCGACAAGUAUUGAUAUGAGCAUGGUGCCUUCAGAUACAACCUUUUUUGACUCAUUGGUGGCACUGGUAGAAGAAGGCUUGAUCUCUGAACAACGAAUUGAUGAAUCAGCUGAACGUCUUUUACAACUCAAAAAGGAUUUGGGUUUACUGGAUGUCGACAAUGAAGGAUGGAAGGUAGAAUCGACACUAUUACAACAAGUAGUAGAUUCUGAACAGAAGAAUGGACGACAACAGACAUCCAUUGACGCAGCGAGGCAAUCCAUCACUUUACUGAAAAACAAUGAUAAUAUAUUACCUUUCAACAACAACAACAACAACGGCAAUAAUAAUAAUGGCAAUUCAUCAAACUCACAACCUAUCAAAAGUAUUUUGGUGAUUGGACCCUCUGCCAACGACUUAUCUCAUCCAUCUGGUGCCUGGACUAUUCAAUGGCAAGGUGCAACUGUGGAUCGAUGGCAUGGAUCAGUAGAAGAUGAUCAAUUCUAUUCUCAAGGUGUGACAAUUCUUGAAGGUAUUCGACAAUCGGCUUCUCCUGAUAUACAGGUGCGUUAUAUCGAAGGGUUUGAUAUUGAUGGAAACAACACAAGUAUGGAUGAAGUCUUGGAUGUUAUCAAGGAUUACGAUGUCGUUGUGGCUGCUAUUGGUGAACAUGUUUAUACUGAAGUGCCAGGGAAUAUUCAUGAUACACGAUUACCAGCAGGUCAAAUCAAAUCUAUCGAGAUGAUAGCAGAAUCAGGCAAACCAAUAGUGACAAUUCUAGUAGAAGGAAGACCGCGCAUAUUGGAAUCAAUAGUGGAUCAUUCAAGUGCCAUUCUUCAAGCAUAUCUUCCUGGUCCAUGGGGUGGACAAGCGAUUGGGGAAAUCUUAUUUGGUCUAGUCAAUCCAUCCGGCCGUUUGCCUUAUACUUAUCCGAAACAUGCUGGAGAUUUGAUGUUGAAUUAUUGGCACCCUGUCAAUGAUGUUUGGGAUCCAUUAUAUGAAUUUGGUCAUGGUCUCUCUUACUCCAAGUUUGCUUACGGAAAUAUUUCAAUAGUCAACAAAACGGAUAAUGGUGAUAAUGGUAUUAUUUCUCAAGGUGAUGUCAAGUAUCCUAUCCUAUCUGCUACUCAACCAAGAACAAUCACUAUUCCCGUCACUAACCAGGGGCCGUUUGAUGGGUACGAAACUGUGAUGAUGUAUAUUCAACAACCGUAUCGCCGUCUUACUCCACCAGCCAAACUGUUGAAAGGAUUUCACAAGGUGUUUUUGGAAUCUGGAUCGACUCAUAUCGUGAAAUUCGAUGUGACAGCUGACAUGUUCGCCUACACCGGUAUUGACAACAUUCCACAUGGUACAAUUGAUCCAGGAUUAGUCCACGUUUUGGUUCAUGAUAGGAAAUUAGAAUUACAACUAUUAGAUUAGUAAAUCCAUUUCUUUCUUCUCUUAUAUAUACACUUGUUUAUCUUUAAUAAAAAUUGAUUUGACUUUCA